AUGGUGGGGCUAACUGAGGAACUAAAAGUAUAUGUUUUGGUAUUUUUAUGUUCAUGGAAAUGGCGCUUAAUCCUCGUUCUCACUAUCGAGCCGGCCAGCAACUCUUUUUUCUACCAGUCUCCGCUUGGUUUUCUUCUCCGGUGCUUCUCCUCACGUCGAAUCAAGAUCCAUGGCGAUGAUGGCACCCAUGAAGAAAAGCAGGGAUUGGGCGAUGAAGCGAAAUCAUCCACCAAAACCAAGGGGGCAAAAACUAUGGCUCGUGUCAUCAACUCCACGCCAUGGUCAAGUGAGCUUGAAUCCUCUAUUUCAUCUAUAUCUCCGUCUCUUUCCAAAACCACCGUUUUGCAAACACUUCGCCUCAUUAAAAACCCUUAUAAAACUCUUCAAUUCUUCAACUGGGUUCAAAAAAUGGGCUUCCCUCACGAUGCUCAGUCAUUUUUCUUUAUGAUUGAAAUAUUGGGUAAAGGGAGAAAUCUCAAUGCAGCUCGUAAUUUACUGCUUUCCAUUGAGAAAAGGUCUAAUGGGUCUGUUAAGCUGGAGCACAAGUUCUUUAACAGCUUGAUAAGGAGCUACGGAAGAGCUGGGUUGUUUCAAGAGGCUAUCCAGGUUUUUGAAACAAUGAAAAGCAUUGGCGUGUCUCCUUCAGUUGUUUCAUUCAAUAACCUUUUGUCGAUUUUGCUUAAAAGAGGACGCACGAAUAUGGCAAAGAGUGUGUUCGAUGAAAUGCUUAGCACGUUUGGGGUUACUCCGGAUGUGUAUACUUUUAACAUUUUAAUCAAGGGGUUUUGCAUGAAUUCAAUGGUUGAUGAGGGGUUUAGGUUUUUCAAGGAAAUGGAGCACUUUAAAUGUGGUCCUGAUGUUGUCACUUAUAAUACGAUCGUUGACGGAUUGUGCAGGGCGGGAAAGGUCGGAAUUGCCUACAAUGUGGUGAAAGGUAUGAGCAAGAAAAGUUUGGAUUUGAAUCCUAAUGUUGUUACUUAUACUACUUUGGUUAGAGGGUAUUGUAUGAAGCAAGAUAUUGAUGAAGCGUUGGCUGUUUUCCAAGAGAUGAUCUGUAAAGGCUUGAAACCGAAUAAGAUUACUUAUAAUACUUUAAUUAAAGGGCUCUCUGUGCUGCAGAAGUUUGAUAAGAUAAAAGAAAUUUUGGAGGGAAUGGGAGAAUAUGGAAGAUUUACUCCGGAUACAUGCACUUUCAACACACUAAUAAAUGCACACUGCGACGCUGGAAACAUAGAUGAAGCUUUGAAUGUGUUCAAGAGGCUGUCAGAAUUGGAUGUACCAUCGGAUUCAGCUACUUAUAGUGUUAUAAUUAGGAGUUUGUGUCAAAUAGGAAAUUUUGAGAAGGCAGAGGAAUUCUUUGACGAUCUAGCCGAAAAGGAGAUCCUAUUAAGUGAUGUAGCUUGUAUGCCUCUUGUUGCGGCUUAUAAUCCAAUGUUUGAGUAUUUAUGUGGUAAUGGAAAAACUAAGAAAGCUGAGAGAGUUUUUAGACAGCUAUUGAAAAGGGGAAGACAAGACCCUCCUGCUUAUCAGACUUUAAUCUUAGGACACUGCAAGGAAGGCUUGUUUAAAGCUGGAUAUGAGCUAUUGGUGUUGAUGUUGAGAUUAGACUUCGAACCUGGUUUUGAGAUCUACGACUCGUUGAUUGCUGGUCUCUUGCAGAAGGGUGAACCUCUUCUUGCCCACCUGACCUUAGAGAAGAUGCUGAAGAGCUCACAUCUCCCUCGAACAUCUUCUGUUCAUGCUAUACUGGCAGAACUUCUGAAAAAGGGUUGCGCCCGAGAAGCAGCCAGUUUGGUAACUCUAAUGCUGGACACAAGAAUUAGACUGAAUAUCAUUCUUUCGACAGAGACUGUAAAGUUGCUGUUUUCAAGACGGAUGCAAGGUAAAGCUUUUCAAGUUCUUGUAUUACUAUAUGAUAACAGCUAUAUGGUUGAUAUGGAAGACUUGGUUUAUUUCCUUUGCCAGAGCGGAAUGUUUUUAGAGGCUUGCAAGAUGAUGCAAUUUAGUUUGGAAAAGCAUCAAACUGUUGAUAUUGGAAUGUGCUGCACAGUUAUAGAAGGUCUUUGUAAUAACAGGAGACUUUCAGAAGCAUUUGGUUUGUAUUAUGAACUGGUGGAGAGGGGAAAACAUCAACAGUUGAGAUGCAUUGACAAUUUGAAAAUGGCAUUAGAAGCGGGAGGAAGGUUAGAUGAAGCUGAGUUUGUAUCAAAGAGAAUGCCGAAUCAGUUGCAGGUUAACAAAGCUUCUCCAAAAUUCAGCACCAGUAUGCCAAAAUUUCGGCAGCAAUGAUUCUGUUGGAACUUUUUUAUAUUAUAAUUUGGUUCAUUUUCCAAAGUGUCAAACAGGUAAAGUAGACCAAGUAUCUUAACUAAAGGAGUUUUUUUGGCUCAUCUGAAUUAUUGACAUUGAAAUAGGUGGAGCCGUCAAGAUAGGGUUCACUUAGUUCUUCAACACUCUAAUACCUGACCACUUCCGGUAA